AUGUCUCGGCGUUACCCUGUCGCUGAUGUCUACGAUGACCGCGAGCGCGACCCGUAUGCCCGACCUCGACCUGCGCGCAAUCACGAAGAUGUCGAAAUUGACGUCAACCGUACUCGCUAUGCCGACCGCCCAGAAACUGUUGUCAGCGAUCGCCGCAGCGCCCGUGGAGGGAAGCUUCCUGACUUUCUCCACGACGACUAUGGAAGAACGAAUGCUGGUCCACUCGUAGUUAAGAAUCGCGAGCCAGACGACUAUCUCGAUCAUGUCUCCCGCAGAGAUCACGACACCAUGUCACGCAGAGGUGGUCCGCCAGAAAGAGUUGAGAGAGACGAACUUGUGAUUCGCGAGCGCAGAGGUGAGCCUCCGCUCAGAGAGCGACCACCACCGAGAGACCCGAGAGAGGUCGAGCAGGAAGAGAUCGUCUACCGACGUGGCGGCCGCGACCAUUCAAGACCGCCUAGGCCAAGAGACAGAGGAGGAGAAGUCGAGGAGACGGACAUCUUCAUUCGCAGAAGGGAGGCAGAAAGAGAAAGAGAGCAAGAGCCAUCUCGAGGCCCCCCUCCCGACAUAGUCUUUCGAAGAGGCGCCGGGGAUCGUCGACCUCCUCCUAGAUCCGAAGCUGCAAGGUCAGAAGUUGCCGACGAUGACUUCAUCUUCCGCCAUGAAGAGACCCGUUCUCCUCCUCCUCCAGCCCGUAGUGUGCGCAACGUGGAAAGAGAAGAGAUCAGUAUCCGCGAACGUGAUCGUAGUCUCGGGCCACUUCAUAGACGUAGCCCAGGUCCAAUUGCGCGUGAGAGAGAAGAGUGGCUGUUUAGACGCCGCUCGCCUUCUCCCCCACCGCCGCCGAGAGAUGAACGCGAGGAGAUCAUCAUUCGUCGCCGCGAGCAUGAACAUCCUCCUCCACCUUCUAUGAGAGAUGAGAGAGAAGAGAUCAUCAUCAGACGCAGCGAGAGAUUGGUCCCACGCGAACCCAGCCCUGAACCUGUCCGAGAACCUUCACCCGAGCCACUGCCACCACCACCUCUUGAUCCUAUUGUCCGCCCGCCUAUCAUUCAGGAAAUCAUAACGCAUCACAGACAUAUCGACCACGGUAUUGAACGAGUCCGCUCUCCAGAGAUGUUGCCCAGCCCUCCACCUGCACCGCCGAGUCCUCCUCCUGCACCCAGAGACGAAAGCCUUGAGAUUGAGAUUCGCAGACGUAAGACACGUAACGGGGGUUACAACGAGGAUAUUACUUUUGAGCGUGAUGUCUCCCGUCCAGCACCUGCACGCGAGCCUGAAGUUGAGCGAAACGUCGAGCUCACUCGCUCUCGCUCAGUCUCUACACCUCAACGUCGCUACGACGACGAAAUCGCCGCAGAAGCAGAGUACUACAACCGUAAGGCACUCGAGCGCGGCUACGUAGGGGAGGCGUACAACGGCGCAACCAGAGACUGGGGACUUGUUGACAUCCCUCCUGGUACCAGAAGAGUGCAGAUGGACGGACUAGGAGGUGGGCGUCAAGACAUAACCUGGCAGCAAUACAAUGGCUCCAGAAGAAGCAAGUUUUACACCGCUGACGAAGAAUUCAUUACCGACUUUGCUCCUGGUCCUCCACCUGAACGUAAGGAGGAGAAGCGCAAGGUCACAAAGGAUAUGUGGACAGAAGUCACUAAGGACCUGGUCAUCAAAGAAGCCAUCGAUGAGAUGGGCUAUCAGUAUGAAGAUUCAGAACACUUCUUCUACGUAAUGGAAUACCUGAAAUAUGAGGAUGUGCUUCGCCUCGUUGAGCUCUCUGAGGAAAUCCGUCGCGAACGUCAUGACCGUAUUCGCGAGAUCGAGUGGGAGCGUGAGCAGCUGGAGAGACUGCCACCGCCCAAGCCACGUUCACCACCUGCAAAAGCUCGCUCCAAGUAUGACGAACGCAUCUAUGAGCGCGAGGUCAUCUACGAUUCGAAGCGAUCAGGCAGGUACCGUUCAUGA